CCUCGUUGUUCUUCACUUCGUUGAAACACUUUGACCAGUGAAGAUGAGCGGAAGAGGCAAAGGAGGAAAAGGACUCGGUAAAGGAGGCGCUAAGCGUCACCGCAAAGUCCUCCGUGAUAACAUCCAGGGAAUCACCAAGCCCGCUAUCCGCCGUCUGGCUCGCCGCGGUGGAGUGAAGCGUAUCUCCGGUCUGAUCUACGAGGAGACCCGCGGAGUGCUGAAGGUCUUCCUGGAGAACGUGAUCCGUGAUGCCGUCACCUACACCGAGCACGCCAAGAGGAAGACGGUGACCGCCAUGGAUGUGGUGUAUGCUCUGAAGAGACAGGGACGCACUCUCUACGGAUUCGGGGGUUAAACUCUGACUAGCAUCAAACAACCAAAGGUCCUUUUAAGGGCCACACACUUACAACUUAAAGAGCUAAUUUUCUUAACUUUU